AUGUUGUGGCAUUCAAAAGCCUCAUUAAUUUCAAUCUGUCUGUUAUCAAUCUUGUUAGUUCUUACUCUAGCUCCAUAUGGAAGAGUUUAUGCUGAUGAUGAUGUAGAAGAGGAAACUGUUGUUAAUUCAAAGGUACCAAAAGGGACAGAUCCUGAAACAAUUCAAAGAGAAGAAGAUAUUAAGAUUGAAGGAUUAAAUGCUGAUCAGUUGAAAAAAAUGAGACAAUCAUCAGAGAGACAUGAAUUCCAGGCUGAAGUUAAUCGUAUGAUGAAGCUUAUUAUCAAUUCAUUAUACCGUAACAAAGAUAUUUUCCUUAGAGAAUUAAUUUCAAAUGGAUCAGAUGCUCUUGAUAAGAUAAGACUUCUUUCACUUACUGAUUCCGCCGUUUUAGCUGCAACUGAUGAACUUUCAAUUAGAAUAAAGGCAGAUAAUGACGCUAAAACACUCACUAUAACUGAUACUGGUAUUGGUAUGACUAAAAAAGAUCUUAUUAAUAAUUUGGGUACAAUUGCACGUUCUGGAACAUCUGAAUUUUUAUCUAAACUUAUGGAUGCCAAAACAAAUCCUGAACAGCAAACUGAUCUUAUUGGUCAAUUUGGUGUUGGUUUCUAUUCAGCUUUCCUUGUUGCUGAUAAAAUUGUUGUCAUCUCUAAACACAAUGAUGACAAACAACAUAUUUGGGAAUCUGAUUCUGCAUCUUUCACUCUUACUGAAGAUCCCCGUGGAAAUACACUUAAAAGAGGUACUCAAAUUAUCCUCCAUUUGAAGGAAGAAGCUUAUGAUUUCUUAGAACCAGAUACUUUAUCAAAACUUGUAACUAAAUAUUCUCAAUUUAUCAAUUUUGAUAUCUUACUUUGGCAAUCAAAAACAAUUUCUGUUGAGGAACCAGCUGAUGAAACAACAACUGAAGAACCAAAAAAAGCUGAAGGUGAAAGUGAAGGUGAAGAAAAGGAGGAUAGUGAUAAACCAAAAACAAAAGAAGUUCAAAAAACUGUUUGGGAUUGGGAAAAAGUUAAUAAUGUUAAACCAAUUUGGAUGCGUAAAGCAUCAUCUGUUGAACCUGAAGAAUAUAAUGAAUUUUAUAAAAGUAUUAGUAAGGAUACAGAUGAACCCAUUGCUCAUGUUCACUUUAAUGCUGAAGGAGAAGUUUCAUUUAAAUCUAUUCUUUUUGUUCCCAAAAAAGCUCAACAUGAUAUGUUCCAAAAUUAUGGAAAAGUUGUUGAAAAUAUUAAAUUGUAUGUUAGACGUGUUUUUAUUACAGAUGAUUUCAAUGACAUGUUACCAAAAUAUCUUUCAUUUAUUCGUGGUAUUGUUGAUUCUGAUGAUCUUCCACUUAAUGUAUCACGUGAAACUCUUCAACAAAAUAAACUUCUUAAAGUAAUUAAAAAGAAACUUGUACGUAAAGUAUUAGAUAUGCUUAAAAAAAUGGAUGAAGAGAAAUAUAUUGAAUUUUGGAGUGAAUUUUCAACAAAUAUUAAACUUGGAAUUAUGGAAGAUCCAUCUAAUAGAAAUCGUCUCUCUAAACUUCUUCGUUUCCAAUCUUCUAAUGAUGCUACCAAAGAAACAACUCUUAAAGAUUAUGUUGAAAGAAUGAAAGAAAAACAAGAAUCAAUAUUCUAUGUUGCAGGAAAUUCUCGUUCUGAAGUUGAAUCUUCACCAUUUGUUGAACGUCUUUUGAAGAAAGGUUAUGAAGUAUUAUAUCUUACUGAGCCAGUUGAUGAAUAUUGUAUUCAAAAUAUGCCAGAAUAUGAAGGUAAAAGAUUCCAAAAUGUUGCUAAGGAUGGUUUAAAACUUGGUGAUGGAGAGAAAGAAAAAGAAGCUCAAGCUGCUUUUGAAACAACUUUUGCUCCAUUAACUAAAUGGCUUAAAGAAACAGCACUUAAAGAUUUGAUUGAAAAAGCUGUUGUUUCACAACGUCUUGAUAAAUCUCCAUCAGCUCUUGUUGCUAAUGUUUAUGGAUGGUCUGGAAAUAUGGAACGUAUAAUGAAAUCUCAAGCUUAUUCAAAAACAAAAGAUCCAAUGAGUGAAUUUUAUGCCAGUCAAAAGAAGAUCUUUGAAAUUAAUCCAAGACAUCCAGUUGUUAAGGAACUUCUUCGUCGUGUUGAAACUGAUGAAAAAGAUGAAAGAGCUCUUGAAACAGCUUAUCUUCUUUUUGAAACAGCAACUCUUAGAUCAGGAUUUAUGAUUCAAGAUCAAGUAGGAUUUGCAAAACGUGUUGAAUCAAUAUUACGCAAAAAUUUGGAUGUUUCAAUGGAUGAACAAGUAGAAGAAGAACCAGAUUUUGAAUUAGAAGAAGAUGACAAAGAACAAGCUAAAGAGGAAGAAACUGUUAAGGUUGAAGAAGAGCAUAGCGAACUUUAA